GCAGCUGGCACCUCCGAGACGCGCAGUCGCGCGCCGGUUCUGUCGGGUGGGAGGUGAUCAGCUGCGAGCACACGAGGAACGAUGUUCGUCCUGCAGAAGUCUAUAUUAUUUGCCGCCAGCAGAAAUUGUAAUGGAUCAUGGGCACGAGUGCUUCCGUCUGCACAUGUCGUAAAAGAUGUUCAACAAAGGGAAAUCCACGAGGUUUCGGGAGAUGUGAUACCUAUAAAUAUGGUGAAGGGUAUCGGACACCUUAGGGAUCCGCGGCUCAAUAAGGGUUUGGCGUUUACACUGAAAGAAAGGAUAGCCCUGGGUAUACACGGACUGCAACCUCCGAGAUUUAAGACGCAGGAGGAACAACUGGCUCUGUGCAAAGCUUCAGUUAUGAAAUAUACGGAAGAUCUGAAUCGAUAUCUGUACCUAGUAGAACUUCAGGAAAGGAACGAGAGGCUAUUUUUCCGCCUACUGAGUGAGAACAUCGAGCAGAUGAUGCCGAUCGUUUAUACGCCUACUGUCGGGCUUGCCUGUCAAAAGUUUGGCGUAAUUUAUCGUAGGCCCCGUGGACUUUUCAUCACCAUAUAUGACAAGGGCCACAUUUAUGAGGUUCUGAAUAAUUGGCCAGAACAAGCUGUGCGCGCCAUUUGCGUGACAGAUGGCGAGCGCAUUUUAGGUCUUGGUGACCUUGGUGCCUGCGGCAUGGGCAUUCCUGUUGGCAAGCUAGCCCUUUACACAGCUUUGGCUGGCAUUAAACCACAUCAGUGCCUCCCGAUCACCAUUGACGUAGGCACUAAUAAUGAACAACUAAGGAAUGAUCCUCAUUACAUUGGUCUUAACAAACCUAGAACUCAGGGUGCCGAAUAUGAUGAGUUGAUCGAUGAAUUUAUGGCAGCUUGCGUGAAAAAGUACGGGCAAAACGUUCUUAUUCAAUUCGAAGAUUUCGGGAAUCAUAAUGCUUUUCGUUUCUUGGACAAAUAUCGGGAUAAAUACUGCACGUUUAACGACGACAUCCAAGGUACGGCCGCGGUUGCGGUGGCCGGCAUUCUAGCGUCGAAGAGAAUAACCAAGAAGAGAAUGUCGGAUAAUAAGUUUGUCUUCCUAGGCGCCGGGGAGGCAGCUAUUGGAAUAGCUGAUCUCUGCGUUAAAGCGAUGGAGGCUGAUGGUUGCACCGAACAACAAGCACGUAAUAACAUCUGGAUGAUGGAUAUCGACGGAUUACUUGUAAAGAACCGGCCCGAGGGUAAUCUGGAAGGCCAUAAGAUUUGGUACGCGAAGGAACACAAAGUGAUGAGGACGUUGAUUGAAGUCGUGAGUGAGAUUAAACCUACCGUUUUAAUAGGCGCUUCAGCGGCUGCGGGUGCGUUCACCCCUGAAGUCUUGAAAGAAAUGGCGAAAAAUAACGAAAGACCGUUGAUUUUCGCUCUGAGUAAUCCAACCAGUAAAGCUGAAUGUACAGCACAGCAGGCAUACGAUUAUACAGAUGGGAGAUGCGUAUUCUCUUCUGGCUCGCCAUUCGGUGAAGUAAAUUAUAACGGAAAGAUCUAUAAACCUGGGCAAGGUAACAACGCAUAUAUCUUCCCCGGCAUAGCCUUGGGCGUUAUCGCGACCGGAUGCCAUCACAUUACGGAAGAUUUGUUCCUAAUCUCGGCACAAGCUGUGGCCGAUCACGUGAAGAAUGAGGAUCUCGAAAGAGGAAGCUUAUAUCCACCAUUGAAUAACAUUCGCGAAUGCUCAAUUGACAUUGCAGUUAGGAUAGCCGAUUACGCUUAUGCUAAAGGUGGUUUAGCGAGCGAAUACCCAGAACCAAAAGACAAGCGACAAUUUAUUAUGAGUAAAAUGUACGAUGCCAACUAUGACAGUCCACUGCCAAGUUUUUAUGAGUGGCCAGGUGAUUCUGCUAAGCCACGCAUCUUACCGGAAAAAGACACAAUAGAAAUCCGUCACGAUUUAAAACAUCUGUAGCGAAUUUCAUCGGCCGAGAAUAUAAUCGAAGACUUAUUCUCGCAUUUAACAAUCAAAAUAUUAUCUCUUCAGCUCAUAGUCAAUAUCACUCAUGGCAUACGCAAACGGCAAAACGACUUGCGAACAGUUUUAACAGUAAGAACAGUUAUUCUGUUAGAUGACUAACGCCAAAGCUUGUACUAUUACAUUUCGCGCGAAGUGCUAACAUGGUAUAUAGCGCCAUAUGGCUCAAUCGUUGACAGCGUUAUUGUUGCAAUAAGCUGACAAGAUAGUAUUUUAAUGUUCACCUUCGUCUGUAUACCAGUAUUAAAAGUAACAAAUAUUGCCACAGGGACAAUGGUUGAAAGUAACUGAAGAAAGUUUAUAUUAUAUAAUUUUAAAAGCACGUUACAUCAUUUUACAUAUGGUAAUCGAUAUCGAGGAAGGAUAUAUGUAUGUAUAUCUCAGGUUCUGGUAGCACGAUGACAUCAUUCGAAAUAAUAACUAACCCAGGAAAAAAAGAUCAUAUAUGAAAUUUCCCCAUAUAUGACUAUAUAUAAUCAUAUAUGUCCACAACGAAAAAAUAUUGUUGUUUACAAAUUAUGUGCAAAUACAAUCAAAGUAAACACUUCUGACUACUUGUGCUUCUAACAGCACAUGAUAUCGACGUUUAAUUAAACGACAUAACAUCAUUUUUUUUCGUAUAGACAUAUAUAAUCAUAUAUGUAAUCACAUAUAUGGACAAAAUUCAUAUAUGAUUUUAUAUAAUUAUAAUCAUAUAUAAACAUUUGCUCCCGGGCUGCUCGCUUUCUGCCAUUAAUCUAUUAUCAGAUUCUGUUAGCAGGUUCUGUCGGCAGAACAACAGUAGAUUGCAGACACAGAUGACGAUGGAUCUGUAGAUACUAUAGAUCAUGUUCGAUCUGUUGCCAAUUUGUCAUUAGGCUACUAAUAGACUGCUAAUAGACUGCUAGUUAUAUUUAUAUUUAUAGGGAUAUACAUGAUUAUUAUAUAUAGCAUCUUUUUAAAGUUUUAAAGAAAUAUAUACACAUGUAUAUAUAAAUUAUAUACUUAAAUAUCCAAAUUACUUGAAAAUUGGAUUGCUUUCUUUAGCGAUAAUUAUUUGCUCGUACAUACAUAUUUAGCAAAAGCAAAUUUUCGAUUUUAUAGUUUUCUUUAUGAAUCUGGUUUGAGAUCUAUGAAUGGAAUUAUGUUCGGAUAAAACGAACAAUGGUGGUUAUAAAUAUAGCUUUCACAUAUAAGUCGUUUCGUGAUAUAUUUUUGAAAAUACUUUACGAGGAUAUUGCGCGAUAGCAGGAUAAAACAUAAUAAAAUUAAGGUCUCAAAUAGUAAAAUGACAGAGGAUGUUACAUCGGACAGCAAUAUGACGUCCUCUGAUAUCAUUUUGCUACUUGGAGUAUCUCUCAAUUCAAUUAUAUCCUGAAAUAUUUGUUACUAAACAUCUGCACUUUUUGUGAUUUACAAACAAUAUAUAGUUCCUUAAAGACGAAAGGUGAUUUAUUUUUCU